GUAUGACUCUCAUGGACCUGGACUAUGAUGACGUUGUGGCCAGCCUUCCUUCAGGGUCCUGCCGGCUGAAAUUCGGGGGGGUUGCGCUCCAAGGUGAAUUGGUCAAGAUCUGGUUGAACAAGCUGCCCGUUCUCUGCAAGUACGCGGCGGAGCGGCCCGACGUUGUCACGACACUCAUCGAUGCCAACUCGCAGGGCGGCAUGCUGGCUUGGGCCAACAAGACUGGAGCUGACGAGCUGCAGCGCGGCAAGCUCGGCGUGCGAUUCUACCAGCAAAAGAAGAAAUUGCCCUUCUGGUUUGGCCAACAGGAGUGCAAUCAAGAUCUGGUGGUUUGGGCAAAGUACUUGGCAGUACGUGGCGCGGAUUGCCCCGAGCUCAUGCAGGCGUACGACGAGGUUUUGGACGCUACCCGUGACCGGGACCCAGAUGUCGGCUGUCAGUGCUUCGACGAAGAGUACCUGCUCUCGCAGCUCUAUGCGAAGCGUCCCGAAAUUUUUCAACUUCAGGGGCCGCCAGAUGUGGCCUGA